AUUUUCUGUGUUCAGUUUCAUGCAUUGUAUUGAUUUACAGCUUUUAUGGCACUGUAAAUCCCAUGUUUAUUCCAUUUCAUUUAUUCCAUACUAGGCCCAAAUACAUGUGGAAUAUUGGAAAAGUGGAAGCUUGGGAAAAAUAUUUUGAUAUAGGGGCUCUAGUAUCAGGACUGAGACACACUGUUUCUGUCUAACCUGAUCUGAUUGUUAUAUGACCUUGAAUGUCUAAGAAAUUCUUAGAUGUUUAUGGAUUUACAGUGGAGAAUGUGUAUGUGUAUAGCCUGUGUGCACAUCCAUGUAGCAUACACAGUGGAGACUGAGAAUCCCAGAAAAUUAUAUGGAUAAUAUUUUUCACUCUCCUUCUUCUUCUUCUUCUUCUUCUUCUUCUUCUUCUUCUUAUUAUUAUUAUUAUUAUUAUUAUAUUAGAAUAUCGGCACCCCACACGUCUCCGCUUACAGAUAUAUUUAUUACUAUUAUUAGUAUUAUAUUUAUAUUUUUUAAAAAGGUGUUAGCCUCUUUACUUGCACAUUAGCAAAUUAUUAAAGUGGAAGUGUAGCCGAGAUGUGAGAGCAUCCCUUUACUUCUCACAUUUUAACGGAUGAACGCAGAGAAACUGAAUAAAAAAUAAUCCUAAAAUAAUUAUGUUACCUCUAUACUGUAGGUAUUUUUAAAAUUUUUUUUUUAUUAUUGUUGAUAAGAUCACUCUAACCACAAGAGGGCGACAUAUUACCAUUGAAAAAUAAAACCCCGUCACGCAACCUCAUUGCUAAGUUUACUGCUAGAAAUCUGUCUAAUGAAACACAAAUCCGUACAGCCAGGCUCCAAAGUCUAAAAAUCUGGAAAGCCUUCCCAGAUGAGUGGAGCUUCUUAUAACAUCAACAGGGUGUGUGUGUGUGUGGGGGGGGGGCUGUACAUCUGGAAUGGGGAUGACGUUCAACAACAAGUGCAUCCGGCUUUGAUGGUUAGAUGUCCACAAACUUUUGGCCAUGUCGUGUAUAAUAUAUAAUGUUUAAGUAUGUAGGUAUGUAUGCAUGUAAAAGUCACUGCAGUGUGUUAUUGUUAUUGUUAUCGGUUUGUGAAUGGAGCAUUGUGUCAGCGCGCUCCUAUUUUUUUCAACCAAUCACAUGCGAGGAUUCAAACGCAGCUGGAGUGAGGCUGCGCGCGAGAUUCGGCGGGACGGACAAAUCAGCAGAAGAAGGAGGAGGAAGAGGAAGAAGAGGAAGAAGAGGAGGAGGAGGAGGAGGAGGGCGUGAGCUGUGGACACGGCGGGCAAACACACCGAGAGGGAACAGAGAGAGAGAGAGAGAGAAAUCGGCAUGUUUGGCUUCUGAUCUGCUACUCUUCUUGAAUUGCUUUAAGCUUUGGAGCUGCAUCUUGGACAGAGUUGUUGUUGUUGUUGUUGUUUGUAAGAGUUUGUGACUUUGUGAGCCGCAUCGGUGUUAAUGGAAGUCGCUCGGACACCUGCCUGACACCUGCAUGUGUCGGGAUACACGGAAGUGUGUUUGAUUUUUUUUGGUGUGUGUUUGGAUUUCCAGGCGCAAGUUGCAACUGUGGCUUUCUCUGACAUUUUCACGUCGGAGAAGAAACCUGUCACUUUGGGUGAACCUGCACAAUUCGCAUGGCCAACAUGAAGCCCCGCAGUGAGGAUGAGGAUGACGAGCGUCAGUCUAAAGACACUGACACAGAACCCAAGAAUUCAAAAAAGAUGCUCAGCAAAGUGAAAUGGUCCCGAGAAGAGGAUGAGAGGCUCAAGAAGCUUGUUGAGCAACAUGGCACCGAUGCAUGGAGAUUAAUCGCUAAUUAUUUCCCAACAAGGACAGAUGGCCAGUGUCAGCACCGCUGGCAGAAAGUUCUCAACCCAGAGCUGGUGAAAGGGCCCUGGACAAAAGAGGAGGAUCAGAGGGUGAUUGAAUUGGUGCACAAAUACGGCCCGAAGCGGUGGUCCGUCAUCGCUAAGCACCUACAGGGCCGCAUAGGCAAGCAGUGUCGCGAGCGCUGGCACAAUCACCUCAACCCUGAGGUGAAGAAGUCCUCCUGGACCCAAGAAGAGGAUCGCAUUAUCUACGAGGCGCACAAACGGCUUGGUAACCGCUGGGCUGAGAUCUCAAAGCUGCUGCCUGGAAGGACAGACAACUCUAUCAAAAACCACUGGAACUCUACCAUGCGCAGGAAGGUCGAGCAGGAAGGUUACCUUCAGGAUGGCAACAGGAGUUUCAGCGCAGGUCAGCCUCAGAAGAGACGCCUUAAAGGCUGUCUGUCUGUGGAGCACUCGCACGGUCACGACCACCUGCUCGUGAACAGCCAGUCACAGGUUGCAGGAUACAUGUUCGGAUCUGCGAGUGUACAGGGUAUGGACAGCAUCACGGAGAGCUCGAGCUUCAUGUCGCCGUGCCACGACGAUCCCGACAAAGAGCAGCGAAUUAAGGAGCUAGAGCUGCUCCUUAUGUCAGCUGAGAAUGAAGUCAGAAGACAGUCCGGUCCUCGUAACCCAGAGAGCUACUCAAGCUGGUCAGACAGUCUGGCGGAUGAUACCAUGAGCACCACAGGGACCACCGAAGAGUCCGGUGUUGAGCUGGGUCGAGCGGAGAAGGGCCGUGCUCCUUCUGUACCACUGCACGUCUCUCCCAGCAAGUUCCUGGCAGCGGAAGCCAGCGCUGUGCUCUCUAGUCUGCAGACCAUUCCUGAGUUUGCAGAAACGAUAGACCUCAUCGACUCGGAUCCUAUUGUCUGGAGCGAGGUGGGAAGUUUUGACCUCUCGGAGUCUGUCAGUCCUCCUAAACCCCCCGUCCUUGAUGGCGCGUACCCAGCUCAUGAUGACUGCACAGAGGAUGUUAAGUACCACACUCCUGCCCCUGCUUUAUGUAGGCCCCAUGUUGGAACGAGCCAGGGGAAACCUGUUCCUCAUAGCACUCGCCCUGCGGGCAAAUUCGACUCCCCUCCGCCGUCCCUGCCGAGGAAGAAGAUGAGAGAGAGAGCAGACCGUUCGCUUGGUGACGACGCAAACUGCGCAAACUCUUUUACAGACAACACCAGGAGCUCGCUGAAAAGCACACCAGUUAAAGGACUUCCGUUCUCACCCUCUCAGUUCUUUAACAUAUCUGGGGCUGAGCAUUUGAACCUGGACAAUCCUGCGCUAACGUCAACUCCGGUGUGUGCACAGAAAAACUUCUCCAGCACGCCUCAGCAGAGAGAAACCACACCCAAACAUCAGAAGGAGAAUGCUGGUUUCAGGACACCCAAACUUCGCAAGUCCAUAAUGGCCCACACUCCGAGGACACCCACUCCCUUCAAAAAUGCCUUAGCUGCCCAGGAAAAGAUGCACGGGCCCUUAAAAAUGGUGCCUCAGCCACUGGCUUUCCUAGAGGAGGACAUUAGGGAAGUGUUGAAGGAGGAGACAGGGACGGAUAUCUUCAUUCACGGACAUCCUGAACAAAGAGUGUAUGAGGCAGAUGCUCCUGCCAGGAAGGUGAGGAAGUCCUUGCUAUUGGACAGUUGGGGGAAAGACUGUCUCAAUGUGCAACUGUUCCCUCAGCAGCAGAUCAGCAGUAGCGCACAGUCUCCUAAUGAUGGCAUGUUGAGCAGCGCAAUUCUGAUGACCCCACUGACAGAAGUAGAGGAGGAACUCACCUGCUCUCCGGGCUCACUGAAAAUGGACGCCCAACUUCCCAUCUGCCCUCUCAGCCCUCAGGCAAAAAAAGAGCUCCUUACACACCGAAGCCCAGUUUACCAAGCCUCCACACAGGUGAGCAGUGAGUGGGAGGCAGUGGUAUUUGGGAAGACACAGGACCAGCUGAUCAUGACCGAGCAAGCGAGGCACUACCUGAACUCCUCCCAGCUGUCGACAUGCACCUCCAGAGCUCUGGUCCUGUGAGCUCCAGCGCUCCUCUCAGCUCCUUACAGCAUACAGCCCCCUCAUUCCUCGCACUUCACUUUUAGACAAUCUGGUGUAGGAAACUAAAUGUUUGCCUUUUUUUUAUAUCUGUGUGUGCUUAAGACUUUCAGUGUAUUACAAAGUAUUUUAACCCAAAAAGAGGCGCAUUAAUGACUCGAUUUUUUUAACUAAAAGAACGUGACCAGUCUUCCUCUUGAGAUGACACUUUUGCGAUGACCAUUCUAGAUUCGUCGAUCUAGCCUAAGGUAUUUCAUCGGCCGUCUUGUGUUAACUUUUAGCCGUAGACAGUUUGGAGUAUCAGGAGAACCGAAGAUCUUUUUUUUUUUCUUUUGCCUCGGUUGUCGGUUACUGAGAUGUAGAAAGAGAGAGAAAAAGAAUUUCACAUCAUUGAGCAUUUUCUGUCUUUGCGCACGACAUGUCAGUUCCAGACAACUUUGGAAAUUCCCAAGAAAAAAGAUUGCUGCUGGAGUUCAUCACUCUAGGGGAAAAAAAAGGGAAAAAACCCCAAUACAUACCUGUUAGUCCUUUCGGAUUUUUAACGUCGCUUUUAUAGGAUUUUUUUUUAAAACAAAAAUGGUGUCUUAAAGAUCGAAGAGCACUCGCAGUGUUGCACUACUGAUUGUGGGUAACUGUAAAGGGGAGGGGCUUGAAGCGUGUUUAGGAGGAACUGGAUAGCACUUGCAAUGUGACUGUUUUGGCUCGAACCGUAAUAAGGGUUCUGCUCCGUGUUUUUUGCUGAGUUUGACACUCACUGAAUGUAUUGUACAGCAUUUAACUGCUAAAGUAGCGUCGAAUGGAAGGGUACCUCUUUUUUUUUUUUUUUUUUUUUCUUUUCCAUUUUCUAAUUUAUUCGUUGCUGUAAUUUGAGUUGUUGAGAUGUUUAUUGAGCACCUGGACUGUCCAGUUUUGAAAACAGACCUACCUUUUUGCGCUGACAGACCUGACAGUGUCUGCAGCCUAAAAACAAAACCAACAAUUUUAAACUCUAGCUGCUUUAGUUUGCAAACUAUCCGAAGUCAUGUUUUGGUACUGAUUUUUAAUAUGCAGUCUCACACAAGUAACACGUUCCAAGACGAGAUGGAUUUCUCCAUCAUUUAGGGCUGUAGGUUCUAUUUAUUAAAUCUUUACUAAUUUAUUUAUUUCAAAGCUAUAAAGAGAAUUUUAUUUCUGUUGUGUUAAGAGACAAUAUUUGGCUACCUUUCAUCAGAAAUGUUUCUAAAAAAAAAUUUUUUUUUAACAACAUACACUGCCACUAAUCAUUCUUUACUAAUUGGUUUCAAUCUAGCAUCAAUCUAGUCAUCUCCAAAGUUCUGUGUGACGUCAAACAAGUUCAGUUACAAUACAGGUAGCGAUACUCAGCUUCCAACCGCUUGUUUAGGCAAUUUGCACUUUUUAAAUGUUCAAGUGUCUGUUUUUUUUGUUUGUUUUUUUUUUGAAAAUCCCCUAAAGUGUUUACAUUUUGAGUUUUUUUUUAAUCUUUAUGAUGGAGAUAGAAGUGGCUGUUUUUUUUUCUUUCUUGUAAAAAUGAAACACUGACUGUUAAUGGACUAAAACUAGAGUUCCUCUCUCUCACUAAGUAAUUCUGCAGGUGAAACUGAAGGCUGUGCCGUAGCUGAGAAUCAGAAAAGAAGUGAACGAAACACAAGCACAAUUUUUUGGAGAUGUAGAACAGUUGUACUGCUUAAAUCUAACUUUGUCUGGCAUUGAAGGUAAUUGAGAAUAUUUUUAAUUUUAUUUUUUACAGUAGAACAUUUGAUAAGUCAGGGUCCGUGUGAAAUUAUUCAGUAGGUUUUUAAAGGGUCUACUUUUAAGGCAUUAUAAAUAAAACAAGCCUCUGUGAUGUGCUGAGAGCUUUUUUUAAUAAAUCAGUUGGUUAGCCCAACACUAAGACAUCCUGUCCUAUGGGUAGUAUUUUUAUUUUUAUUUUUAUUUUUUUUCAUUUUAAUUCUACAAAAAUAUGUAUUUGCAAAUCCCAGAGUUCAUUAGGUUAUUCACAACAUUUCAUAGCACAAGAUUCAAUAUUGUUUAAUGUAACAGUGCGGGUAACAACAGAGUUGUGAGGCAUUUGUGUACAUUUUUGUCUUGUUUUUAACGUAGGUGCAAGUUUAUGUGUAUAAAAUUCUAUUUAACACUCGACCACCUAAUCGUAGAUUUAUGUAGCAGUUUAAAAACAAUGCAUGAUAAACAGUACAUUCAGCUUAUCUGACAUAUAUACAUUUUCACAAGCAAGACAUUUUACUUCCAACACUAUUUUGCUGAACAUAUAUCGCCUGCCUCUGAAUCCUGCCAGUAACCAUUUGUGACACUUGUACAUAUUGAGGGGGAAAAAAAUAAAAUGCUUUGUUCAGUGUAUUAUGGUUUCAUUUCCUUUUUUAUUAAUUACCAAAAUCCUUCCAAUCAUGCCUGAGUCUUGCACUGUGCCACUUCCUGUCUCACACAAGUUUAUCGUUGUUUGUCAUGUCAUGGAUCCAUCAUCAUCGUUCUCUCUAAGCACCAGGUGCAUAUGAUUGCUAACCUUAAUUUCUGGACCUGUGUAAAAGGUAUUAGGGGGUUGCUGACAUUUUUGCUUUGGGAUCUAUGUUCAUACACCCCUUCUGAACAAGAGGCCUCUCUGCAGGUCAGCUGCUCCAGCUAAAGGGGCCCACUCGGCCAUGAAAUAAUGUCUUUUGGCUCCAUUGUUCCCUGAGUCUGUUAGUUUUACAGACCCAUUCACUCAAUUGCCCCCAAAUGGAGGAGCGCGUAGGCCCCACUGACAUGCCUUCUGCUGCCUAGAGCCAUUACAAGCCCAUGGCACACGCACUCUAAAUCAUUUCUCCUUCUGACUCAUGCUAUUGUGACUUUUGGUGGCUCAACAUUGGCUUGAGAGAUGUCAAAGGCUCCAUUGACUUCAA